AUGUGCCCAUCUGAGAUGGGGACGCUGUGGUACCUUUGGUCUCCCGUGCUCAUCAGCCUGGCUGCCCUUUUUUCCAAAGUGACGGAAGGCCGAGGGAUCCUGGAGAGCAUCCAGAGGUUCUCCCUUCUUCCCACCUACCUCCCGGUGACGUAUCACAUCAACAACGCCGAUGUCUCCUUCUUCCUGAAGGAGGCCAACCAGGACAUCAUGCGCAACUCCAGCCUGCAGUCUCGGGUUGAAUCCUUCCUGAUCUACAAGUCCAAGCGGCUGCCGGUGCUCAAUGCCAGCUACGGGCCCUUCUCCCUGGAGCAGGUAGUGCCCCAGGACUUGAUGCUGCCUUCUAACCCAUUCGGAUUCACCAACGCAUUCUCUCUGAACUGGAGGCUGAAGGCCUACAUCCUCCAGGAGAAAGUCUACCUGAGCCAUCCCAAAGUGCAGGUGCUCUUCCACAUCGUGGGCCGAGACUGGGAUGACCGCAGGGACGAGAAGCUGCCCUGCCUGCGGGUCUUUGCUUUCCGAGAGACCAGAGAGGUUCGGGGCAGCUGCCGUCUGGGUGGGGCCCUGGGGUUGUGUGUGGCCCAGCUGGAGAUGCUGCCUGGCUGGUUCAGUCCCCCGACGGUGGUGUCCGGGCGCAGGAGGCCCACAGAGCAGCCGGAGGGGAGCCGCGUGGAACUGUAUUAUGCCGUUCAGCCAGGGGAUGAGCGAGGUGACUGUGUCACGGAGGACUUGAGGAAGGGUGGUGGCGCUGCGGCGGGCCACAAUGAUGUCGAUGAAUCUAGCCCCCCUUUGCACAGAAUUGGGAGUGUCUUUCUUCGGGAGACCCCCAGCAAUCCGCCUUUGAGGGAUCUGCGUUUGGAUAGCAACGUGGCCGUUCAUUAUGUUCCCAAGACUGUGAGACAAGGAGAUGUGCUCACCUUCCCCAUCUCCGUCUCCAGGAACUGCACGGAGGAUCGCUUCACACUGAGGGCCAAGGUUAAGAAAGGAGUGAGCAUCGUUGGGGUGAGAGCCAGCAGCCCUUCCAUCUGGGAUGUCAAGCAGAGCUCAGAGUACACUGGAAAGUAUGCACCAGCUGUCAUCAUUUGUCAGAAGAAAUCGGCUGGCUCAGACAAGAGUGUGGAUGAUGCCCCCUACGAAGUCAUGAAGAUUGACAUCGAGAUCGAAGGACCUAGUGACCCACCCAGCACACAGCUUGUCACGUGGCAGGUUGAAUACCCAGGAGAGAUCACAUCUGACUUGGGGGUGUCCAAGAUCUAUGUGAGCCAGAAAAACUUGAUUGGGGUCAUACCACUGGCCAUGGAGGCAGAGAUCCUGAACACGGCCAUCCUCACUGGGAAGACAGUGGCUGUCCCUGUGAAGGUGAUCUCAAUAGAGGAAGAUGGCACAGUACAAAGUCUGUCGGACUCGGUGGAGUGCAGGUCAUCAGAUGAAGACGUGGUUAAGGUUUCUGACAGAUGCGACUAUGUCUUUGUCAAUGGGAAGGAAAUGAAGGGCAAGGUGAAUGUGAUAGUCAGCUUCACCUACCAGCACCUGAGCAGCCCCCUGGAGAUGACAGUGUGGGUGCCACGGCUACCCCUGCAGAUUGAGGUUUCAGACAUGGAGCUGAACCAGAUCAAGGGCUGGCGGGUCCCCGUUGUCUCCAACAAAAGGCCAGCUCGAGACAGUGAGGAAGAGGAUGAUGACGAGAAGAGGGGCCGAGGAUGCACCCUGCAGUACCAGCAUGCCAUGGUUCGAGUCCUGACCCAAUUUGUGGCCGAGGCGCCUGAUCCCGGGGGACAUUUGGCCUACCUGCUGGGCUCUGACUGGCAGGUGGACAUCACAGAGCUGAUAACUGACUUCAUGCAGGUGGAGGAGCCCAGGAUUGCUAAGCUGCAAGGAGGGCAGGUCCUGACUGGCCAGGAGCUGGGCAUGACCACCAUUCAGAUCCUGUCCCCUCUGUCAGAUGCCAUUCUUGCCGAGAAGACAAUCACUGUGCUGGAUGAGAAGGUGACCAUCACAGACCUUGGGGUCCAGCUGGUAACGGGGCUUUCACUGUCCCUGCAGCUCAGCCCUGGGAGCAACAGAGCCAUUUUCGCCACUGCAGUGGCCCAGGAACUUCUGCAGAGGCCCAAGCAGGAAGCAGCCAUCAGCUGUUGGGUGCAGUUCAGUGAUGGCUCUGUCACACCCUUGGACAUCUAUGAUGAAAAGGACUUCUCCCUGACGGCCACAUCCUUGGAUGAAAAAGUUGUCUCCAUCCUCCAGGACUCCAAAUUCAAGUGGCCCAUCAUCGCUGCAGAAAAUGAAGGACAGGGGGCUCUGGUGAAGGUGGAGAUGUUGAUCAGCGAAUCUUGCCAGAAAUCUAAGCGGAAGAGCAUUCUGGCUGUGGGAACAGCCAACAUCAAGGUUAAAUUUGGACAAAAUGAUGCAAACCCCAACAGCAGUGAGAGCGGACACCUUGGGGCUGGGCUUCAUGUGGAGAACGUCAAUGACAGGAGGUCCAAAAAGCCUUUUCAGGAAUGGGGGAGCCCUGAAGGGUCAUAUUACAGCAGCUCAUCUAUGGGGCUCAUGGAAGGAUGGGGCAGUACCACCAAGAGGCCAACUUUCCAGAAGAAGGAAGGCCAGGAAAGCCUGUUAGAUGACAUCAUCCUCUCGCAGACCAUGGCCACAGACCUCACCAGCUUCCCAGACCAGGUGGACCUCCCCAGGAGCAAUGCGGGCCCUGAGGAGCAUGACCCCGAUCAGGCGGCCAAGGGGUUGAGUGACCUGGAAAUUGGGAUGUAUGCUUUGCUGGGUGUCUUCUGCCUGGCCAUCUUGGUGUUCUUAAUUAAUUGUGUGACUUUUGCCCUGAAAUACAGGCACAAGCAGGUUCCCUUUGAGGAGCAAGAAGGUCUGAGUCAUUCUCAUGACUGGGUUGGGCUAAGCAACCGGACAGAGCUGUUGGGGAACCACAUAAACUUUGCCUCCUCCCAAGAGGAGCAGAUCACUGCCAUUGACAGGGGUCUGGACUUUGAGGAGAGCAAACUUCUUCUCAGCUCAAAUUCUCAGAGCAGCAUCAAUGGACAGCUGCUCAGAUCCACAGGAGCCUUGCUCACAGACGAGAAAGAGCAGAAAAGCGAACCCCCUACAUCCCCUACCUCCAAAAGGAAAAGAGUGACAUUUUCUACGUUCUCUGCCAUCUCCUCAGACGAUGGGUGUCCUGCUGGGAACACCAUGGCAUUGAGUAAUGAGGAUGACAUUAAGUGGGUCUGCCAGGCCCUGGACCCCGGGGAGUGCCCCGAGCCUCACAGUUGCAUGGAGAGGCUACAUGAGCACGUGUAAUGGAGACACCAAUGUUGUUCUUACCUUUCAGCCUUUAACCCACCUGGGUAUGAGGAGCAGACAUGUGCCCGGGGGAGAAGUGAGACAAGAGGACACCAUAAGGGUGACACUGUCCAUGGAGCCCUGGGAAAUGAUGUCCUCUUAGCUGAGGAUGCCCAGAGUCAGUACCCGUGUACAUGCCAUAACUCAGGAUGUUUGGUUAAACUUAAGAAGUUUAUUGUGCAUGGCAAGAUGUUUUGAAACCUGGAACAAAGGUGCCUGUUUGAGGGUUUGCAGGGAAGAACUCUUUUCCCUUUAAUCUAAGCAAUCUGGUUUUUUUUUUUUUUAUGUCAGAUCCAUGAUGCUCUGAUAGUCGCUACUUCAGACCAUGAAAAAGAAAGAAAGAAAGAAAAAAAGCAAGGCUCAGGUUGAGCAUGCAUGGAUCAGUGAGAAGAAGUGUGUCAUCUGAGCAGAGCAGCAGAACUGACUCUGAGUGUGCUCACGGGCAGAGUCUAGCACUGAAGCUAGCUACAAGAAGCAGGGUAUUGAGCUGGUAGUUUGCAAAGAUGGGGUCAAAGUUGGCCAGGGAUUAUUGACAGGUCAAGGCAGAGGUAAACAGGGCAGAAAGCAAAUUGGUAGAUGAGUCCACAACUAUCUUUGUAACUACAUGUGAAGAAACACACACACACACACACACACACACACACACACACAUCACUGAAGCAAUUCAGAGAAGCCUCCUGUCUGUAGGACACUGGGUACAGACCACAUGGCCCCUUUAACAAGUUCACAAAUUUGAACUUGAUCUCUAUACUCCACUGACACCCUUUCUGCAGCCAUUGGUUAUUUGUGAGAGAAAAAGGGAAGACAAUUUUCAGAAUUUGUUCCCUGCCUCUCUUUACCCUGGGCUUUAUGUCAGCUUCAGGUGAUAUUCUAAGGAGAAAGUCCCAGGGACAUACAUCCCUCUGAAGAGGAUGAUUUCCAGAGUGUAAGCAGGACUCGGGGUGGGUUACCCACCCCCUUCCCUGCUUUCCUAGAAACCAUAGAGGGCUCUUUUGUGAUGGGGUCUGCUGCCACUCAUGUUGGGUCUCCUGUCUAAGAAUUUACCAUCAGGGUAUUAAAACAGAGCAGGGUUCUGUUCAGAGCAGGUGGGCAGUUCUGAGCUGUAAGAGGUAAGUGACAAGAAGGUGGGCUUGUGCAUGCUUGCACAGCAUGAGAGAGAUGAUGGCUAUGUGCAGGUGUGUGCAUGUGUAUAAAUGUGUGUGUGGGGGCACAUGUGUGCAUAAAGUGGGUAUGUGUGUAUAUGUGGAGGGUGUGCAUGUGUCUGUGUGUGCGUGUUUGGGGGUGCAUACCAUUGCAAACCCAAAGUCAUCCCAGAAAGGAUUAGCAUUGCUUCAAAUCAAAAUGAUUGAUCAAUGUCUCUAAGAUCCCUCAAAAGCUGAGCCUAUGAUGAUGGCAGAGGAGGCAUGAUCAGGCGAUCCCCACCCCAAUCCCCGGCUCACUGUGAAGUGAGGAUAGUGGGCUGAAAAGUAGCCAUGACCUUGAAGGAUGAAGGAGACUGGUCUCUAUGUGUUUCUAACAUCAUCACCAUUUCCCUUCUCUCCUGCCCUUCAGUUCAAUCUCUCUCUGUCUCUCUCUCCCUCCCACUCCCUCUCCCUCCUUCCCCCAUCUCUGCCUCUCCCUCUCCCCCUCUCCCUUUCUGUCUCUCUCUCUCUCUCUCUGGGUCUUUCUGUCUCCCUUGAACCCAUCUCUCAGUUUUCUUUCCCAUUAUUUUCUGUCUUUAUCACCUUGUCUCUUUCCUCAUUCCCCCCACCUUACCCGUCUUAUAGAACAUCCCUGCCAUAUAAGAGAAUCUCCCUAGAGGACUGUGAGUCCCACCACCUCCCCUUCCCCUCAUGCCCUCUUCCCUCUGACUGUGGUGCUAAUCCUUUCGUUCUGACAGCCAGCAAGCCACCCAGCUCCUGUCUCCCAGUAGACUCCCCUUGUUUGGGUGGAUGGUGAAACUCUUGCCCCUUUUACCUCCAUAAUCCUUUGCUUUCAGUUGCCUCAGUUCUGACUUCUUCCCAUUGUUACCCACGUGAUGUUUCCCUGAACACUGCGGCAGAUGCCUGCUCCUAAACCCCUCCAAGUGUAGAAUGUAUUGUAGAUUGUAAGAAUGUAAUAUAUAUUUAUAAACUUACUGACUGUAAAUAUAAAACCUGCACUC